AUGUCUGGGGUCGAUGAUUUGUGUGUUCAGGGUGGCCUGGAACUGGGUGCAAGAGGAGGAUAUGUACAGAUGAAGGCCGGAGAUUCUGAGGAGUUACAGAGCAGAAUACUGUGCAGCGGUACCAACCGCUACCUCAUCAAUAAAGUGUGCGGAGAAGGGACCUUUGGCAAAGUUGUCAAGGCUGCAAAUUUGAACACGUCCCAAGAAGUAGCCCUCAAGAUCCUAAAAAAUGACACUUGUGCUCCAAGAGAGAUGAGGAUGCUUGAGGCCGUGAGCGUGCUUAACCCCACCACAAAGAAUAUGGUCCACUGCAUAGAGAGGUUUAAGGAUAACGGAAAAACCUGUCUGGUGUUUGAGCGGCUGGACAUGAGCCUGUACCAGCUGCUUAUAAAACAACAGUGGUGUCCCCUGACUCUGCAUGAGAUUCGCCCCAUAGCACAUCAGUUGCUGACAGCUUUUGAUGCUCUGAAGAGCAUUGGGGUUGUCCAUGCAGACCUCAAACUAGACAAUGUGAUGCUGGUGAACCACCUGGUUAAGCCCUUCAGGGUGAAGCUCAUUGAUUUUGGUUUGUCCUUCAAGAUCUCAGAGAACAUGCAUGGCAAGAAAACCCAGCCCAGGGGUUACAGGGCACCUGAAGUCACCCUGGGCCUCCCUGUCACAGAGAAGAUUGAUAUGUGGGGUCUUGGCUGCUUGCUGCUCGCCCUCUAUAUCGCCAAUCACCCGUUCGCGGUCGACUGCGAGUACCAGGGAAUGAGAGGGAUUGUAGACAUGCUGGGUCAGCCACCUCACCACCUCUUGAAGGCUGGAAGACACACCUCCAAAUAUUUCAUUAAGGACAAGCACUGGUGCAACCCAGGGUGGUCGAUAAAGAUCCCAGUUGAGUACGAACGUGGGACUGGCAUCCAGACCAAGAAAUGGGUGGGUCAAAUUAGCCGCCUGGAUGACCUGAUCACAGAUAACAUCGAAAACCCAUAUCUAAGAGAAUGUCUGGCCAAAAUGGCCGUGUUAGACUUGGAGGACAAGUCAAAUGUAGGGGCUGAGGAAGAUCCAGCAGUUCUAUCCAGUGACGGGUUUGAACCCACAGAUCAACCAUGCAAUGAGGCUACAGCUGCAGACACUGAUGUCGAUCGCUCAACUAUAGAGGAAUCAGCUGAGAGCCCAGAAGUACAUGAUUCAGAAAAGGAAGCGCAGGUCUAUGAGGAGACUCUGAAGAGGAUGAGGACGUUUUUUAGAAGGGUUGUAAAGAGAGCGUUCGAACGCAAAUGA